UCGUCGGGCACCUACUCCGGCAGUGCGACCUUCUACUCGCAGGGCGGCAACGCCGGCUCGUGCGGCAACUACGCCUCGGACUCGGACUACGUCGUCGCCGUCAACGCCGCCCAGAUGAACUCGGGCUGGUGCGGCCGCACGGUCAAGAUCACCAACAAGGCCAACGGCGCCACCAUCACCGCCAAGGUCGCCGACACGUGCCCGGGCUGCUCGUACGGCUCGCUCGACCUCUCUACCGGCGCUUUCGGCGCCAUCGGCAACUACGACACCGGCGUACUUCCUAUCGCGUGGAACUUCGUGUAG